AGGCUUCACUACCCCCGCCCCGCCCCUCAUAGUGGCACUCUCGCCAUCUUACCCCCCCUUCCAGCCUAGCUCAGUCACCUUUUCCCUUUCUACAAUCUUUGCCCCCCACUCCCUGCCCCCUGCCCGUCGUGUCCCGGGGCCGCCGCCGCAGACACCGCGCCAUCUCUGUCCCCUCUCAUUCUCCACGCGGGACGCGCAGCCGUGCCUCCACGUGUCUUAAGCAGAGAUGAAUAAUACUGCAGCUAGCCCGAUGUCUACUGCCACUUCAAGUAGUGGAAGGAAUGCUGGGAAGACCAUCAGCUUCGCCGCCGAGCUGCAGAGCAUGAUGUUUUCUUUAGGUGAUGCUAGGAGGCCUCUCCAUGAAACAGCAGUUUUGGUAGAAGAUGUGGUUCACACACAACUAAUUAACCUGUUACAGCAAGCUGCAGAAGUCUCUCAGCUUCGGGGAGCAAGAGUGAUCUCUGCUGAAGAUCUUCUGUUCUUGAUGAGAAAAGAUAAGAAAAAACUUAGAAGACUUCUAAAGUACAUGUUCAUCCGAGACUACAAGUCAAAGAUCAUCAAAGGCAUUGACGAGGAUGACCUCCUGGAAGAAAAACUGAGUGGCAGCAGCGGUACAAACAAGAGACAAAAGAUUGCUCAGGACUUGAUCAACUCUAUUGACCAGACAGGAGAGCUUCUGGCAAUGUUUGAAGACAACGAACUCGAUGAUGUUAAACAGGAAAGAAUGGAGAGAGCAGAAAGACAGACUCGAACUAUGGAUUCGGCUCAGUAUGCAGAGUUCUGUGAAAGCCGACAGUUAAGUUUCUCCAAAAAAGCGUCCAAAUUUCGAGACUGGCUGGACUGCAGCAGCAUGGAGAUAAAGCCCAAUGUUAUAGCUAUGGAGAUCCUGGCGUAUCUGGCGUAUGAGACAGUGGCCCAGUUGGUGGAUCUGGCUCUUCUUGUGAGGCAAGAUAUGGUAUCUAAGGCAGGGGAUCCCUUCAGCCAUGCCAUUUCUGCAACCUUCAUUCAGUACCACAAUUCUGCUGAGGGGUCCUCCUGUUUGAAGUCCAGCCCAGACUCUCCUGAGAACACACCUCCUCCUACACCAACAGCUCCCUCUUCUGGGUCCCAGCAUGCAGGUAGAGCUGCGUCUGGCUCCCUGGGGAACGGGAGCACAGGACAAGACUCUGCCAAAACCAAGCAGAGGAAGAGGAAAAAGAGCACUGCGGCCUGUGGUGUCGAGGCUCACAGCGAUGCCAUCCAGCCCUGCCACAUCAGAGAGGCCAUUCGACGCUACGGCCACAAGAUUGGCCCUCUCUCCCCAUUCACAAUUUCUUUGUCUUUGACAGAGUGCCUACCGAAGGAGUGGGACGGCUUUCCUGGCCUGCUGAGGGGACCAUGGCUGUGCCUGCCUUGAAGAGGGAGUGGCUCACCGAGGCCAUUCUUCUCUGUCCUGACUGAAAAUAAAAUAAGAUUUUACCUUCUCCUGCCCUCGGGAGUGGCCUGCUUUGUUUCUGACUCUCACCCGCCUGACUGCAGCUCGCCCCAGCUCCUCAGCCUUGUUUACUGAAUGGGCCCUUGCCUAAUUAAUGGCAGGAUGUUGGGAAUGCUGUGUAGGUGGACAAGAAUGCACAACACACAAUUUUGAAUUUUGAAUUUGGCAUGGAUUUGCUGCCCUCAGCUCAUAAAUCUUAAAAGCGGUGUUGUGCACUUUUUUUCCUCAGUGUUUAGUCUGCAUUUUAUAUGAUGCAUUUUUAUGAUUCAGAUUUGGGACAAAAGAGACAAAACUGAAAUGAGUCAGUGUACCCUUCCCACUGACCCACCAACUGUGCUCUCCAACACUGUUGAUUGUCUCUGUGUGUGUUUUAGAAACAUGGUUACUUUAUAAACAUACACGCAUCAGAGAUUCUCCUGGUAGGACAAGCCACCUGUUUCCCUCCUCUCCCAUCACCUCAGUCACUGAAGAGAUCGUCUUCACGCACACACGCGCGCACACACACAUGCACACGCACGCGCACACACACAGCUUCCAUGGGCUUUCAUAGCACAGUUAAACAUUGGGGCAUGAGGAUCCUAAUCCCUCCAGAGUUCUCCCCCUGACGGGGACUCCAGUGGAUGUGCUGCUUGCUGGGAGCUGCCGAGCUGCCCUCUGGCAUCUGUGUUUUCUCUAGUAAAUGAGGACGGGUAACUCUUGGGAACAAAUAAAAAUACAGCAGAUGCAACGGUACAGUUCCUGUUAAAUAUGAAUCAUAAAGGAGGAAGUUAUGUCUUUAAUUCUCUAAGUGUUCUGUAAGAGAGAGAAACGAGCAGAAGUUUUCUGUGUGAGCAAACCGUUCUGAGCCUCAGUGAGCUAUACCCUGCUGUGCCCUGCUGUCCCAUGCUGUUCACCGCUGUGGUUUACCUGAUGUGUAGUAACCAUUUUCAGGAAAAAGGAUGUGCAUGUUACAAAAAAAUUGCAGAUAUUUAAUAUCAAACUUUGCUGAAGGGUUUUGAUGUCCCACCGGUGCCUAUCAAAAAGUAUGAUUACGCUUUUUCUUUUUAUCGCCUCCCUGAGUCCCCUUGGCGUCCCUAAUCAUGGAAAAUUAUAACCCUGCAGUAAACAUCCUUGCUCUGGAAA